AAAGUCAAGAGUGAGCCUUGUUUCCACUAACUUCAUGCCUCUCUGUUUCACGACGUCUCCUUCUUCCUUCUCCUACUCAACUUCGUCUUCUUCCUCUUAUUCGUUGACGUCUUCUUCUACCUUUGCUACUAUUAUUGUUUCCUGUCAGCAUCACCUUUUCCCAAGAUUCUUUCUUUCCCGAGUUCCACUGAACUUUUGUGUGUGGCCUGUAGAAGUUGUGGCUUUCCCUUUUCACACCGCGUCUCAUGCUUCUUUUAAGCUCCUGCUUCACCACCAUUCUCUGUUGCUUUGGCGGAGAAUUUCUUCAAUCUCUAGAUUGGAGGCAGAGAGAGAAGCUCUGUUUUUCCUCACCCAAGGCAAUUAAUUUGGGGAAGUUGAUUGGAAUUGGUAUCAAUGGAAGCUCCAGAGAGGCAGCCAAGUUUCCGGCGGAAGACAAUGACAAAGCAGUUGACUGGGAAGCGGGAAGACACGCCGUUGCACACGGCGGCGAGAGAGGGAAAUUUAGAAUUGGCUAUGGAGAUCUUCUCCAACAGUGGGGAGGCAGAGUUGAAGCAAUUGUUGUCCAAGCAAAACCACUCGGGUGAAACUGCUCUGUAUGUUGCUGCUGAAAGUGGUUUUGUUGAUUUGGUGAAGGAGAUGAUAAAGUUCUAUGAUUUUGGUAUGGCUGCUACCAAAGCUAAAAACGGCUAUGAUGCUUUCCACAUUGCUGCCAAGCAAGGCGAUUUGGAAAUAUUGAAGGUUCUAAUGGAUGCCAUUGAUCCGGAGCUUUCAAUGACCGUUGAUCUAUCAAACACCACUGCAUUACAUACUGCUGCAGCUCAAGGCCAUGUUGAAGUGGUAACUUUUCUCUUGGAGAGAGGUAGCAGCUUGGCCCCCAUAGCAAAAAGCAACGGGAAAACCGCCCUGCAUUCAGCCGCAAGGCACGGGUAUUUGGAGGUUGUCAGCGCCCUUUUGAGCAAAGAACCUGGCCUUGCAACAAGAACUGAUAAGAAGGGACAGACAGCUCUCCACAUGACUGUGAAGGGCCAGAAUGUCGAGCUCGUGGAUGAGCUGGUGAAAUCAGAUCCUUCCUUGAUAAACAUGAUUGACACCAAAGGCUGCACUGCAUUGCAUAUAGCAACGAGGAAGGGUCGCUUGCAGAUUGUUCGUAAUCUAGUAGCUAAAGAGGGAAUGGAGGCAAUGGCAGUCAACAAAGCCGGACAAACAGCACUUGACAUUGCCGAAGAAGCAGGGCACUCUGAGGUUGCUACAGUGCUACGAGAGCACGGGGUUCAGAGCGCCAACUCCAUCAAACCGGCGACCACAAACACCGCCCGGGAGCUGAAACAAACGGUGAGCGACAUCAAACACGGUGUGCACCAUCAAAUAGAGCACACACGGCAAACGCGAAAGCGAGUGCAUGGCAUAGCAAAACGGCUCAACAAAAUGCACACGGAGGGACUCAACAACGCAAUCAACUCCACCACAGUUGUCGCCGUCCUGAUUGCCACCGUUGCCUUCGCCGCCAUCUUCAACGUCCCCGGCCAAUACGCCGACAACAACAAAGCCAUUCCCCCCGGAUACGAUCUUGGGGAAGCAAAGAUCGCCCCUAAGCUCGAGUUCAUCAUCUUCUUCAUCUUCGACUCCACUGCCCUCUUCAUAUCGCUGGCUGUCGUGGUCGUUCAAACCUCAAUUGUCGUGAUAGAGAGGAAGGCGAAGAAGCGAAUGAUGGCAGUCAUAAACAAGCUAAUGUGGUUGGCUUGUGUGCUGAUUUCAGUGGCGUUUCUUGCGCUCUCGUACGUUGUUGUUGGGAAAGAUGACAAGUGCCUGGCGGUCGGAGUAACAGCCGUCGGAACGGUGAUCAUGGCGACAACACUGGGGACGAUGUGUUAUUGGGUGAUUUUGCAUCGAGUCGAAGCUUCUAAAAUGCGGAGCAUUCGGCGGUCGUCGAUGAGCAGUACGAGGUCUAUGUCGGGAGUAGUUUCGGAUCCCGAUAUUCUGGAAAAUGAGUUUAAGACAGUCUAUGCAAUUUGAGAUCUGUCUCUGCUUUGCCCCCAUUGUUUUGGAUCUCUCAAAACAUGAAUCUUUUCCUCCUUAUAUGUAUAUAUAGAUCCCUGUUAAUCUGAUCAUCCUUCUGCUAUAGAAAAUGGAAUGGAUGCUUCCACAAGGAUGUUCUAUGAUUUUGUGUAUAUUUUUUGUAUGAUCUUUCAGAUCAUGUAUCUUUCCUUUUGGUAAAUUUUACAAAAACUUUUUGUAAAAUCGAGAAUCUAGAUAAAAUUAUCAAAUAUUA